AUGGCCUCCCGGCCCCGGUCCUCCCUGCCGCCCAGGUCCUCCCUGCCGCCCGGGUCCUCGCUGCCGCACAGGUCCUCCCUGCCGCCCGGGUCCUCACUGCCACACAGGUCCUCGCUGCCGCCCAGGUCCUCCCUGCCGCACAGGUCCUCGCUGCCGCCCAGGUCCUCCCUGCCGCCCAGGUCCUCGCUGCCACACAGGUCCUCCCUGCCGCCCAGGUCCUCCCUGCCGCCCAGGUCCUCGCUGCCGCCCAGCGGCGCCCCCGGGGCCCCGGGGCAGGCGGCGCCGGGCCCCGAGGAGGCGGCCAGAGCCCGGGGCAGCCCCGAGCAGCCCUGGAGUGCCCUGGUGCAGCCGCGCAGCCCCAGGUCGACCCUCACCGGCUCGUCCUUGGAGUCCCAGUCGCUGGACCUGCUGGACCCCCUGAGCGUGACCAAGGAAGUCUUCCCGUGCCCGGAGGAGCACCAGCUGCCCAAGCGGGAGCUGUGGGGGGACCAGGAGCCUCUCUCCAAGAUUCCAUUUAAAAUCCUAAAGGGGCACCAGCAUCUGGUGAGCUCCUGUCACUUCUGUGUAGAUGACACCAAAGUGCUCAGUAGCUCCUAUGACUGCUCCGUGAAGCUGUGGGAUGCCAUGGAGGGAACUGUGAUCAGGGACUUUGAGCCCAAGCCCCGAGCCCCAGUCUCAGAGUGCAGCAUCACAGCUGACUGCCGCAGGAUUUCUGCAUCGUCCUUUGACAAGAUAGUGAGAUCGUGGGACCUUGAGACGGGCAAGAUGCUGUGGAGCAGAAGCCACGAGACCUUCAUAGUCUCUUGUAAACUUUCUCCUGAUGGAAAAUACAUAGUCUCAGCCUUGGAUAUGAAUCACGGAAUCUACAUACUAGAUGCAGACUGUGGCACCGUGCUCUUCUGUCUCAAAGAUAACUACCACCGGUUCAACACAGCAUGCUGCUUUGACCCAGACAGCCAGAGGGUGGCGACGGUCUCUCUGGACAGGACCAUCACGGUCUGGGAUCUCUCUUCUCAGACCAUAGUGCUCACCAUAAACAGGGCGCAUAACAACGCGAUCUCAAACUGCUGUUUCACCUCCAGUGGCCAUUUCCUAUGUACCAGCUCUUGGGAUAAAACUUUGAAAAUGUGGAAUGUCCAUACUGGGGAAUUUCGAAACCAUGGCGCUUGUGUGACUCUGAUAAGGGGCCACGAAGGUUCUGUGAGCUCCUGCCAGUUUAGCAGAGACACCUCUUUGCUCGUGUCUGGAGGGUUUGACAGGACGGUGGCUAUUUGGGAUGUAGGAGAAAGCUACCGGAAGCUCUCACUGAAGGGCCAUAAUGACUGGGUGAUGGACGUGGCCAUUAGCAAUAACAAGAGGUGGGUCCUGUCGGCUUCCAAGGACAGCACCCUGAGAGUGUGGGAUGUGGAGCAAAUUGACGAAAUCCCGAUGGUGAUCAAUAGCAGGAAGGUCCUGGGCUUACAGGUGAAACAGUGUGAAGAAUGUGACCAGGUUUUCUCCACCUACGACAGCGACGUCCUUUCUGACUCUGUCAACAAAUGUGUGCUUUGUCAGACCGGUAAAACCGACAUGCCAGAAGUCGACUACUCACUGUCAUCCUCGUCAUCAUCAUCGUCGUCGUCCUUAGAGGAGGCAGAUUCCCUGCUAGGGGAGGAGGAGGACUCCCCCCAGGAGAGUGAGGACUCCCUGCCAAAGAAGAGGGAGGACUCCCUGCCAAAGGAGAGGGAGGACUCCCUGCCAAAGAAGAGGGAGGACUCCCUGCCAAAGAAGAGGGAGGACUCCCUGCCAAAGAAGAGGGAGGACUCCCUGCCAAAGGAGAGCAACCCGGGCAAUGAUGACUGA